AUGGGGUCGUUCGUGCCAUCGCAGGCAGCGCUUGCGGCGGUCGCACGCCCCGUGCUCGUGACCGUGCACGACGUUUGCGGCCGCGGCCUCCAGCUUCUUCCGCUUGAAGCUUUCUUGGGCACGUCCCUCGGCGGCAAGUUCGGCGUCCGGCCUUUCCGCUUCGACCCCAACACGCAGCGCCUUCAAGAGUCGGGCCUUGAGCUUGUCGACCUCCUGCACACAAUCAAGCCCUACAGCUCGAUGGAGUCGUGCUACUUUGUGACCCAUGGCUACGGCGCCCUCGUGCUUCGGGAGGCUUUUCGCUACAUCGAUUGGGACACGACUCGGACCAAGAUCGUCAUGCUCGCGCCGCCCAACCGCGGGUGCGCCUAUUACUCGGUGCUCAACUCGAUCAUCGACUCGAGCGUCGCGAUCGACGAGCUAUCGACAAUGUCGCCAACGUUUCUGGACGCACGCCUCGGGAAGCUGCCCAAGCUUUGCCGCCCGAUGAUUCUGGCAGGGUCUCUCUCGCUCAACCCAUGGAAUCAGUGGCAAUACCCGACAGACGGCGUUGUCUCGGUCGACGAGACGCACAUGCCGGGUGAAUAUCAGCACUUCGUUGUCAAUGCCACGCACCACACGCUACCGUACCACCCCAUGAGCUUGGAACUUCUCGUUCGCUUCUUGCGAGGCUAA